AUGGUUGUAACAACCGGUCCACAGCUUAACGGCACUUGGCUCACAUGGAAGGCGUUUUACUAUCCCGAUCCCUCUGGCCCAAAAUGGGCUUACUCUGUCCCCACAAAAGCGGCACAGCAGAUCAACUCUGCCUACAGCUUGAUGGUUGAAAUGCUGGCCGCACAGUUCUGGUGCCUUCUUAUCGGCAUCGCCAUUGUCACAAUGUUGCACCGCAAGAAGAAUCAGGUGAACAACGACGUCUUCAAAACCCUGAUGCCACAUCUGUGGAAUUCAAAGUCCGACCUCAUGUCCGCUGUCUUGAACCGAAGUAUAGAGCUGUUAGGUGGAAGCAUAGAAAACCGCGCCGUCAUUAUCUCGGUCAUCGUGUUGAUCGUCUUUGCACUAUACUGUGGACAAAAGGCAAUGAGCAUCCUGGUCUCAGCAAAAGUCAUCCUUGGCACUGCUGCCCCCGUCAAUCCGGAAGCCAUAUACGUCCCAACUCCUGAGAAAGAUAACAGCCUCAUUGCCGCUACGCACGUCCUGAAUGUGCCCUGGGCCUUGCGUGCACUUGGUACGGCCACAGCCUCCAUUGCUUCGUUGAGCAAAUACGUCAGCGUGAGCAAAGAAACCCUCAUAGGAACCUUCAACGGAACCCAGGAACCCGUCUAUCAGAUUGCGUAUAGCUACAAUGUCACAGGUGCCGACAUGGGGCUGCAGAAGUACCCCAAACUGGUCCUUUCGGUCAAAGGUUCUUGUUUCACCGAGUACAACUGGUAUCAAGGCUACAGUGCAUACGAAAAUUGUUUUUACCAGGACAUAUACCACCCCUUCGACAACUCUAGCCGUACUAUUCUCUCGUCCCCUUUAACUGGCGGAUCGCCAAUGGCCUUUUUCCUACCCGGGCUAAUCGGCCAGUCCGGCUCUUUUCCCACAAGCAACAGCACCUGGGCGGCAAUCAUCUCGUCUGUGGGAAAAGCAAGCUACACAGCUGGAACAGACCCUUGGUAUCUCACAGAGCUGCAGCCCACCAACGAUACGGGCACCGCGUAUGCCGUCGUGACGGGAAGGCCUGCGCUGUCGUGUUGGGAAGACAGUGUCUGGUCGCACAAGGGGAAAUCAGCCAGCAUUGAACAUCUCGAAACCCUUCCAGGCAUUCACCUGUCCGACGGGAUGAAAAAAGUCCUGGAGCAUUACCUCACCGGGCCAAUGAUUGUUUCGCUGGGAAUAGACCUCGGAUCCUCCAAUCUGAUCUCCGGCAACGCAGCCCUCGGGGCCAUCAUCGAUGCCAAUGCCAACAGCUUCGCGCAAGAUAUCGAACGGCUCGUUGUCGCUGCCUAUGUCGCCACCACUAAUGUUCUGACCACUACGACUCUAUACCCGUACGGUGCCAGCAUGAAGGUUGUCAACAGAGUUCAGAACACCUCGGGCCAGGUGGAUCCCGGCGUGGCUGAGUUCGUUGUCUGGACGCCAGAGAUCACCGCUUUGAAUCUGGUCGUUGUCAUCACCAUACCCGUCUUGUUGACUGUCCUCCUUUUGACUAAUGGUAUCCUCUUCUGGGUCUCUCCAUUGGCGAAAGCAAAUGCGGUCGGCGCGGCCGAACUGUUCUCCGAGUUCGUCAAAUUACACCAGAAUUCAGAGAUCGUUUUCGAUUCUAAAAAGCACAAAGCAAAAUGGCACCAUCCGUGA